GCGCAGCUGCGUUCCAUUCGAUUACACUUUGGAAUUAGCAUGGAAGCUCAUUCGCAAGUACCCUCACAGUCCGGCAAGGAUCGCAAAGCCAGGGGAACUUCUAAGGCCGAUAGGUCAGACGUCGGGCACAAAGGCGCAAAGAAGAAGGCUAAAGGAAAAGGUCCCAAGCAUGGAAAACACCUUACUACAACAAGCGAAGCCGCUGAAACGACCACCGGGGUGCUGAAAGUCGACCAGGCAGCAACGGUGCCAAAGCCAGAAGAGGAAGUUCCACCAACUCGACCGCCAGCAGAACCGACCUCGCAGUCACUUGCAUCAUCAAACGAAAAGAGAACGGUCGUAUUUGUGCGACCAGCAAGCGGGCCCUCUUCAGAGGAUCCCCAAACUGAGGACGCCUUUGGGAAUGUGGUGUCACCAGAUGAAAAGCCCGAAGGAGAUGCAGACCAUGCGUUGCCGCCAACAUUGCCCACAGCCGUCGAAGAGCAUCCCGUCGAAACCCCACCGGAACUUCCCCGAACGAGACCAUCAUCUAAUGGGAACGAGGACGCAGCACCGGCCACUGGGACGCUGUCAGCAAAAUCUCGAGCCUUGGCUGCUCUCCUCAAAACAACGGAUCCAGCCAAGCCUAGUAAACGGUGGCGGACCCGCAAGCCCAGCUCUGCUCCUGAGAAAGCUACCGUAAUCGCGCACCCAACGAAGGUGCGCUUCGGAGGCCUGGCAGCCUUCUUGGGUCUUCGAUCAUCAGCAGCGUCGUCGUUGAAAACGGGAGAGUCACCCGCCAUGGCACCACAAGUCCAGAUCCAGACCAAUGUGGAAGAAAUUUCAAUGUACGCCUUCCCUGACGAUGACGUCAAACACGUGCAGACCACGUCGCAGACCACCGGCAGAGUACCAGAACCGAUGAAGACCACGAGCCAGACGACACCCCGCUGUGCUUCUUUUGCCGCAAACAACGCCACUGCCAUAGCGUUUGCAGUCAUCACGGUGUUCACGCUGUCGUUCAUGUUGCUGGCUGCUCUGCUGGCGCCAUCCCGUAGCAGAGGUACAGUCGUGCCCGGGUUGUGCAGCACUGAGGACUGCAUAAUGCACUCGAGGCUUAUUCACCUCCGCACGAACGCCAGCGUAGAUCCCUGCAAGAACUUCCAGGCAUUCGCGUGCUCAGCAUGGCCCGCGUCCAAGGAGAUAGUCAGCUUUGCUAGUGGUACCACGUGGGACGCGGUGGUGGCUUGGUACAAGGGUUUCGAAAAUCUUCUGACGAUGAGCUCGGAGCGAUACCUUCCGGCGAAGAAAGCGUUGGCUAUGUACCAGGCGUGCAUGGAAGGACAGCCUUUGGGCCAAGCCCGACACGCCGGCAUGGAAGCUCUAAAAAAAUUCAUGCGACAACGUCGAAUCCCUUGGCCUGGUGAGCCUGACCUGAACGUGAACCCCCUGGGUGUACUUCUCGACUUCGCCUUCAACUGGCAGACGCCAUUUUGGUUCCACGUGCAGGUGUUGCGAGGUAACCGCGGCCAAAGGAACACCCUGGUUCUUCGCUUGGGUAACUUCAUAACAUUCUGGUCCAACUACCACCAGAGUCUGGUUGCUGAUCAGGUGUACUACAACUACCUCAUUAAUUACUUCGAUGCCUUCGCUGACGCCAGUGACAGAAGGCCGACCAGAGAGGAGGUUGCCAGGAUGGAAUCGCUCCAUUCUGACGUGCUGCACCGAUUCCUCGAGUUGCAGACACAGAGUAAAAAGGCAAGAAAACUGACCAACUGUAUCAUUCAGUCUCCAGCCGAGUUCCCGCUGUCCGAGAUAGAACUGUACACACCAAACAUAACGACAGCAGUGUGGGUCGCCAAGCUGUGUGAGCACGUUGCCAUAUGGCCAGAAUUCAAAGAUGACGACCAAGUCAUUGUCGAGGACACGGCACUCCUGGAAACUGUCAACGCAUUCUUCGUGAAAUACGAUCGAGGCGAAAUACUACGUCACAUCGCUUGGUUCUUUGUCCAGGUGUUUGCACCACUGGGCGACAUUCGCUUACUGAAGAACAAGUUUGGCGACCAUGAUAAGGGCGUCGAAAACAGGCCAGUCUUCUGUGCCACCGAAGUCGAAGCUUCGUACGGCGUUCUCUUGACGUCAGUCUACGUGGGAACGCGCCUGACCCAACAGGCACGAAUGCAAGUAAACCGUACCCUCACGUACGUCAUCAAUGCGGCCGUCAAGGGCAUCAACCGGCUGUCGUGGGGAAAUGAUUCGUCACGCAUGGCUGUCAUUGAGAAACUGAACAACACUCGCGUGUCUCUCUGGCCUCCGGACUCGCUGCUCACAUGGCGUGGCCUCAACGAAAUGUACGCUAGCUUCGCGCCACACAAAGACUCGUUCGCCGAGUACUGGGUGCAUGGGCACGAACGACUCCGACAGCUGGCCGAGCAACCUCGCUACGGCCAAGCCUUGGAAAUUCGACCCAACUUUGUGCUGCCAUUGUUCGCCUACGACUACGUAAUGAACACGGUGUCCAUCGCCGUGACCGCGUUGGGGAGGCCUAUCUUCUACGCCCAAGGAACAGCUGCCGUCGAUCAUGGAGGCUUGGGCUUCGCCUUCGCCAGGGAACUGGUUAAAGCUCUGGAUGGCGCGGGUCUCAAAGUAGAUCCAGCGGGACGCAUCAACGACUCCUGGGUGACCCCACAUUGGCGCGAACAGACGUCGCUGAAGACCAACUGCUUGUCGUCCGGCAAAGACAUCUUUCCGGAGGUGCCUGCCCUCCAGCUGGCAUAUGAGGCAUAUCAGAGGCGGCGCCGAGAAUCGGCCGCGAAUCUGCGGCUAUCAGAUGUUUGGAGAGAGGAGCAGGUGUUCUUUAUUACAGCCUGCUUCAGCAUGUGCACCCGAACCGGCCCAGUCAGGAUUCUCACAGGAGACUGCAACAAGGCCGUCAGCAACUUCCCGGCUUUUGCUCAAGCCUUCCAGUGCCCGUCUGGUUCACCCAUGAACCCAGAGCAGAAGUGCCUUUAUUUUGACUGAGCCCCACGAACUACCUUACUUUGAAGCAUGCUGUUUCAACAUUCUUCAAUGUCCUUUCGCAUUGUACAUGAUGCCCACUGACGUUAAAUGUGAAUAUCUUAAACCUUGUCGAUUUCCACCGAUAAAGUACCUUAUCUUCAAUUUUUAAACGUUAUUAUUUUCCCAUAGUUAACUGUUUGACUCA